CGUCGGAAGCAUCCACGAUCCAACUUCCAAGGAGCGAGUUCACGUGACACAUGCGUUUGUCCCGCAUCUUGAGGUGAGCAACAAACAAACAAACGACAGCACGAACAAGCUCUGUACAGACAGGCAAAAUGGAGAGCCCUCAUGAACACCAGCAGAACCUUCUGCUCUCUCGAAUCAUCAACAACGUUGAGAAACUUAAUGAAUCUGUCAUGGCGAUGAACAAAGGUCUCCAGGAGGUCAACAUCCAGAACAUGAAUGUGGAACUUGUUGCACAGAUGUUCAAGAACUACCAGUCCAAUGUUCUCUUUCAUCUGGAAGCUACGGAGAAUCUGAAGGAGCCGUCGUAAGUAGACGGAGCGGUUAUCUUCUUUUUCCCCCCUAUGAGACGACGAUAUGAACCAGAUAGAUGUACAGACCGGCAAAUACCAUUUAUUUCUAGCUUCUUAGUACUACCAAUCCAUAUAAAACUGUUUGAAAAGACUGCCCUGCUUCGUAGUUUUUAGUGGCGUUCCAUAUCGGUCCCUUAAAGAGAGAACUCUUGGCGCGCCGCGACAUGCUUCCAUAGCCCGGGAAGUCUCAACGCCGCCGUCUGGACUUCUGUCUCGCAGUCUCGCAGCUGUCGUC